AUGAGCCAGUACCAGCCCAAUGCCGCUCCCGGCAAAUCCUUCAUUUCGAAGAUCAACUCGAAAUUCUCCACCAUGGCCAUCUCGCUGCACACAGAAAAAGACGGCCUGACAGAAGACGACACUCUUAUCCACAAUGCUUUUGUCAAGUUCUUUGAUGAACAGGGCCAGGGGUACCCGGAAUGGCUAGGAACCAAGAACCAGAACGGAGCUCAGCCUUACAGAGGCAGCUACCAGGAGCAGCUGAAGUACCAGCCUGUGCGUGCCAGCUACAACUCCACCCCCUCGGCAUCAACAAACUACUCCAACAACAGCGCCAACUACACCGCCACAAACCCCGCCACCGCCAGCCAAACGGGACCCAGACCAACGCUGGGUGGCUACUCCUCCUCGGACGAAAGGCCCGCCUACACAAGAAAGCUGAGCUCCAAGUUGCAAGACAUGUACCAGAGACUGAGGGCUUCUGCCGGAAGCCAGGGCAGCCCCAGUGCUCCUGGACGGAGCCAGUCGUCGGGCUCGACCCCUAGAAGCACCGCUGCAGGCCAACGGUUGCGUGAGAAGAUGAUGAACGGGUCCUCUGCCAGGCCCACCUGGGGCAGAGGCAACGAGUAG